UCUUAUAGAAACAAAUUUGAUUACAGUAUUAAAUAUCAUUCAUAUAAUUAAUAUUGACUUUGCUGUACUCUUGCUAAGUUUUAUAUGACUAUAAAAUAUCUGUGUGUGCAGUUUUAAAUGAAGAAUUUGUAUAUGUAAAAAAUGAUUUUUAGAUAAUUGUAUCGUCGUUAAUUAACUGUUCAAUCUUCAAUGUCGCCUAAAAAAAGAUCUCGACGAGGAGGAAGAAGUGGACGUGGUAGAGGAGUAUCAAAAAGAGAAGGAUUUAAUAAAAAUGGCCAAUCUUUAUCACCUGACGAAUUAAAUAAUGAUGAAAACGAAGGUGAAGAAUUGCCCACUGAUAUAUCAUUUAAACAUAUUAAAUCCCCAAUGACACCUCCCAAACCUAAGAUAGAAGAGGUAUUUGAAGAAAAAGAACUUUCAUUACCACGUUUGAAAACAACAAAUAUUCCAGAAAACUCAACAUAUAUGUCAUUGUUGUCUCGAGAGCAAAACUCUGGUUACAUUAUGACUGAUGAUGAACUAGAUCAUCUUCAAUGGGAUCUUGAAUCAAUGUUAACUGCCGUUAAUGUACGUAAACAAACUAUCAAAGAUGAACUUGCGACAUUUGCUUCAUUGCAGUUAGCACGCUCUCAACAAAAAAGAACAAAAGGUUCAAGAUACACAAAAAUUAGACCAAGAGCUGCAGCAGAAAUUUCUCCUGUAAAUGAAUGUCGUAAAAUUAAAGUAGAAUUUGACCCUUCAGCCAAAGAAUUACCUCCAAGUAAAAACGAUUCAGCAAACAAAUUUUGGACAAUGGUUGAACCUUAUGUAGCACCAAUUGAAAAAGAAGAUCUUAAUUGGCUGGAAGAUUUAGUAAAAUCAUACAGCUCCAAUAUGAAGCUAUUUGAAAUACCUCCUUUGGGAGAACAUUACACUAAGCAAUGGGCAAAAGAAGAAAUGGAAUUUCAAAAAAAUCAAUCCUCUUGCUCACCACGGCCAGCUAAAAGGCUCAAAUUAGCAGAACGAGUUUCCCCUGAAGUAGUUGAACUUGUGAAUAAAGUUAACUAUGUUGUGCAUGAUGGUUGUAGUUAUACACCAUUAUUACAAAGACUUACAGCUGCUCUUGUUGAAGAAACAUCAAUUUCACUUGAAGAGCUUGAAGAAGAUUUUCAUGAUAUAGAAGAAUCUGAAGAUAAACCUCAAGAAAUGAGCAAUGUUUGCACAGAAUUUUAUGCUGAACAAUCUAUAAGAAAACAAUUGGUAAAAUUAGGAUUGUUGGGGCGUAAAUGUAAAGUUCCACCUCCACCUCCUCCACCAUCCUUACCAAAAAAUGAUGACUUUGAUGAAGUACUAGAUGAACUAAAAAAAUGUGAAGCUUCAUUAACUGACCUAAGAGAAGUGAAUAAAGAACACUUAUCUCAAUUAUUGGAAAAAUGCCGUCAAGAAUUCUGUCGCCAAAUUGUCAAGAAUCAACUUGAAAAAGUGAAUGAUGAAAUUUUACAUUUCAAAAGGGAAAAAAAUGAGUCACUCAACAAAGCUAAAAAAAUUUCCCAAGUUCGUAAAGAAGAUGAACAAUUAGCAAUAUUGUUACAACAAAGAAGUGAUUACUUGAGACAAUUACAAAUGAUGGGACCUGAGCCUGGUUAUCAGCCAGCUUUUUUAUCAGAUGAAUCAGAACUAAGUGAAGAAGGAUCUUACCCAACUAAACUGUUUAUUAAAAAAGAAUUAAAUACUGAUACUGAACAAGAAAUAGAUUUUGAGCAGCAUACUGACAUAAAUUUAGAAAAGCCUAUGAUGAUUAACAUCAAACAAGAAGUUGUUGAAAAUGUUUCUAUAAAAGAGAAUAAAAUUUAUAAUGUUUCAGAAGCUAUUGGUUAUGAACACAAUGAUGUAAAUGUUGAAUCAAUUGAAAAUGAAGAAAAUAAGAUAAUAAAUGAUGAAAGAGAUGAAUAUGAAAAAAUAGAUGAUACUAGUGAUCACGGAGAUUUUUAUAUUGAAUCAGAAAUAGAAACAAAAGAAUGUGUAAAAGCAAAAUUUAAAAUAAAAAAGCAGGGUAGAACAAAAGAUUUAGAUACAAAUAAAUUAAAUUUAAUGACAACGCGCCAUAGUGUAAAAACAAAACAAAGUUUUCUAGAAAAUGAUGUUAAUACUAAAGUUGAAUCACGUAAAUCUUUUAAAAUUAAACAAGAACCUGAUGAUGAAAACUCUUUAGAUUCCUCGGAUGUCUAUUGUGGUAUUAAAAGAGAACUUAGACCUAGAAAAGGAAAACAUGAACCUAUUUAUUUUGAACCAUAUGAUGGUGACACUAGUGAAACAACUGAAUCAUCUGAUUUAUCUGAAUAAUUCUUAAAUAUAUGUUUACAUAUAUACACAAUUAUAUAUUUUUUUAACUAAAUAAAUAUUGAUUUUUUUCAAUGUAUGUAUUACAUUUAAAAAAUAGAUUGUUUGUAUUAAAUGAGUAUUUUUAUAGUUAAUUUUUAUUCUUAUGUAAAUAGUUUAUAAUUUUACAAAAAAUUGAUUAAUUACAAGUUAUAACUAAGAAAAUAUGAUGUAUGUAUAAUUUAAAAUUAAGAACUAAUAUAAUUAAUAAUUUUUUUCUUUUAA